UCAUGACUUUAUUCAGAAUAAUAACAGUGCACAAAGGACCAUGAUGUAUUCCUAAUGUAAAAACAAAAAAUAAUGUGUUCGAAACUUUUAUACGUGCCGUGUAUUACAUUGAUGCUUUCCUUAUUAACGACCGCUGCUUUGCGAAUGGAAGCAUCCACUACAAUGAGCAUACACAGCGCUGGCGCUCCCACUAAGCUUCUAACACAACCUGGAGAAAUAGCAGGCAUCAGCACCAAUGUUACGUUACACGAAAAGGGCGACAUUGUACAAUUUCUAAUUAGCUGGGAUGACAACUUGCCAAAGGGUACAUCAUAUAAUGUUAUUGUGACUGCAUUAAAUUCAACGGAAUGUAGUGAGCCUCCCUGCAGUGUCUAUGGAAUUAUAAAAGAUGCGAAACAAGUGAUUAUACCAGAAAAUCCUAUGACACAAGUGGAUCAAAAUGAAUGUGGUUUCAUGUUUGGAUGCAAUUAUUCCGUAAUGGUGGAAACAUCUAAUACAGCGAUUUCACAACAUUCGACAGUGUCGGUGCCAUAUUGCAUUAAGGAUGUUUGUUCCUGUCGACAUGCUGAAAAACUACCCAAAGUCACAUCGUCCGUCUAUAUACCCAAUAAUGAAACGAUAAUUUACAAUUGGUCAAUAAGAUAUGAAAACGGCAGCAAUCAUUUCCAGUACGAUGCAAAGGAAUCAGAUCAGAACUGGAAGUUGUAUUUAAUUAUCAGCGAACAAACAAAUCCGUCCUUAUCAUGGGGUGGAAGACUUAUACCCAUCACGGAGCAUUUGUAUCCAAUUAAAAAUUUAACGCUCCUUAAGACCAAGGGUGGCAUGCAAGGCACCUUUAAAAUGCGAAUACCCAAGCAAUUAGUAUCUAAGGCGGAGCUCAAACUUCGUUCAUAUGUAAUCGAUGAUUUACAUUGCGGCGGACCUGAAGACUUCAUAAAGGUAACAGUGCCCGAUUUCUUAAAAGAAUACGAAAAUAUUGAGGCUAGUGAUUUUAAUUUGGGCAUUGCGUUAAGUAUUGUCAGUGCACUUUUUCUUUGCAUCAUUGUAUUGGUAUUGACAAUUUGUUGUUGGAAGCGAAAUAAAUUGGCGAAAUUUCAAAAUGGCGUUUUGGAAAAGGACGAAAGCUGCUUAGCAAACAUGGUGGAAAUGGAGGACAACAUUAACUAUGUAGAUAAAUACGUAGAGGAAGCUCAGGCCAAAGGUCUCGCUGAUGUAUUCGAAAUACCGCAUAGUGCUAUACAUAUUGGUCCCGAAAUUGGGGAAGGAGCAUUUGGGCGCGUUUACAAAGCCGUUGCCGUGAACAUACGACGAAUGCGAGGCAGUCAUGUUGUAGCGGUGAAGCAACUGAAAAAGAAUCCAACCUCAGAUGAAGUGGCAGAAUUCUUGAGUGAAAUCGAAAUGUUGAAGGGCGUAGGCAUACACAACAAUAUUGUUUGCUUCUUUGGAUGUUGCACCAUAAGAGCGCCAUAUCUGAUGAUCAUGGAGUUUGUGGGACGUGGUGAUUUGUUAACUUACCUGCGCACUGUACGUCAAGCAACGACAAAAUUUAAGGCGAACGGCAAUAUCAGCAGCAACUAUGCGAGUCGUGAACAGUCGCAAUCUAAAACCAAAGUUAAAUACAUAGAACUAAAGUUAUCCACACAAUCUGUGGAUAGCGGAAGCGAGACUUCACGUCAGCCAAAAGCAUCCGUCGCUGAAACCACUUACACAAUUGUCAAUGACGAGGACUACAAUGAUACGAGUACAUUCGAGUAUAUUUUAGAUCACAAAGAAUUGCACAACUUUGCUCUGCAAAUUGCCAAUGGUAUGCAAUUUCUUGAAGAACAGCAAAUCACGCAUAGGGAUCUGGCUGCCCGUAAUGUGCUGAUAGAUGAUCACAAAACUUUGAAAAUAUCCGAUUUCGGUCUAUCACGCCAUGGUAUUUAUACCAAUACGAAAACUCGAAAGCUACCUUUACGCUGGCUCUCCAUUGAGGCAAUUCGCGAUAAUGUGUACUCGAACAAAAGUGACAUCUGGGCAUAUGGUGUCGUUUUAUGGGAAAUUGGCACCUUGGGCGCUUCGCCAUAUCCUACUAUCAGCAAUCAUGAGCUGAUUCCAUAUUUGGUGUCCGGUAAACGACUGGAAAAGCCAGAAAUUUGCACUGAUCAAGUCUAUGCUAUUAUGACGCAAUGCUGGGAUGAAAAUCCAGACGAGCGACCAACUUUUGCCGAGCUCUACAAGGCUCUAAGCCCACGCACGGCUUACGUUGAUAUUAACAGUCUGAGUGAUGAUUACGUCUUUCCACCUAUUAGUAAUUAAAUUUACACUAAGUAUAUAUGUAUACAAUAAACUAUAAAAAAAAAAACAAAAAACACAAAUACUUAGGAGAUUUAGCAUAGAAUAAGCUGUGUGUGUAAAGUAUAUAUAUAAAUACAUACUUUUAUAAAGUGUUAAUUAAUAUGAUGUAUUAAUUUUUGUAAUUAAUAGAAAUUAUGUAAUUUUUACCGUCUACUAAGAAUAGUUUCAUGUGCGUAAUUUAUAAUGUGUUGGUACAAGCAAGUGCGAAAUAAUGACAUAGUAUUGUAUUUAAUAAAACCAAAGGCAUUUUAAAAUAAAUAUGUAUGUACAUAUCACA